AUGGUAGUUCUUAGAGAUAACUUUUUCUCAGGGAAAAACCCUCGCGGGUUUUGCAAGUUUGAAUAUCUUCAUUACUUUGAUCUGUCUUGGAAUAAUUUUUCGGGUACUAUACCAAAGUGUAUCAACAACCUGACUGCACUAGUCGAUGAAGAAUACGACAUAUUCCAUGAUGUACAGAAUUAUUUUGGGGUAUACUAUGAUGGGCUUUUAAACAUAAGAACAAAAGGGAAUGAAUACGAGUAUGGUAGGACUGCUUCCUUGGUUAAUGGAAUUGAUCUUUCUGGGAAUUUUUUAUCAGGAGAGAUCCCCGUUCAAAUGACCAACCUUAAGGCAACAUCAAUUUUGGACCUCUCAAGGAAUCACUUUAGUGGAAAUAUCCCUCAAGAUAUUGGUGCAAUUCCACCCAGUUUAUCCUCAUCUACUUUCCUCUCGCACUUGAACUUAUCGUACAACAACUUGGAAGGCAGGAUUCCCUCUGGAAAUGAGCUACAAACUCUUACAGAUCCGUCCAUAUACCAGGGAAAUCCGAUGUUGUGUGGCACUCCUCUUUCUACUAGGUGCCCAGGAGAUCCUGAAACUACUGAUGUUGUGACACCAACUGCUGGUGUUCAUGAGGAAGAGCAAGACAAGAAUGAGAAUGAAGAUGUUUGGUUCUACUUGGCGAUUGCCUUGGGAUUUAUCGUGGGAUUUUGGGGGUGUUUGUGGAACUUUAGUGCUAAACAAUUCAUGGAGGGAUGCUUUUUUCAAGUUCUUUGGGAGGAUAAAGCCAUUGCAAAGUUUAAUGGAUUAACAAAUAUGUAA